AUGUGCCACUUUUGGGUCUCCUCACACUGCUGCCAGGUCCAUACUGAUUCAUGGCCCCCUGCCUCUGUAUGGCCUUCAAUUUAAGCUGCUUAUGCUUCGCCACUCUGCCAUAGGCCCCUGUACCGCCUCCUCUUGCUGCUGCCAGGUCCAGAGUGUGUCAUGGGUCCCUGUACGGCCUCACAUCGCCAGACUCUGCCAUGUGCCACUUUCAGGUCUCCUUACACUGUUGGUGGGUUCCAUUUUGUGAUAGGGUGCUGUAUGGCCUUCCAUUGCUGCGCGCUGCCUCCACCGCCACCCUGCGCCAUGUGCCUCUG